CCAGCAGCGGGGCCGGAUCGCGCUCCCCCAGCCCGCACCGACGGGAGGGAUUCAAAUUCCAGCCUAAUGGCCUCUGGCAUCAACAACAUUCCUCAGCCCGGGACUUGCAAUGGAUCUAAAGCCGCUCGCAGCAGCUCGGCAGAGGAAUGCGGUCGGGAAAUGCACAUGAAGAUGUGCAAGAAGAUUGCUCAGCUCACUAAGGUGAUAUAUGCUCUGAACACUAAGAAUGAUGAGCAUGAGGCCAGUAUACAGGCCCUGAGAGAGGCUCAUGAAGAAGAAAUUCAGCGCAUUCUUGCUGAGACGAGGGAAACUAUUCUCCAGUGUAAAAGCAAAGUUGAGGAAGAACAAUUGCUGAGAAAACACAUUCAGGCCCUUGAAAUUGCGGUAGAACAACACAAGAGGUUGAAGGAAGAAGCCUUGGCAGAGUUAACAUUGUGCAAAAAGCAGGUAGAAGAGAAGGAGAGAACAGAAGUGAAACAAGCACAUGUGUUCCUUUCUACAGACAUGGCAGAUACCAAUGCAGGCUUUGAAAACAAGCUUCUACAUUUAAAUCAGGAGUUUGUUGGACUGAUAAAUGAAUGCAAAGCAUCUGGAAGAGAAUAUCUACAUAAAAAAGUGAAUGUAGAUGAAAAAUGCAAUAUGGAAGGACAAGCUCUAAUAAAUGAGGUGGAAAACCUGAAGAGCGAGAAACAGAGAGCAACAGAAGAAUAUACUCAGAAAACAAGCAAGCUGCAAACCUCCUAUGAGAGGGAAAAGGAGACUUUGAAAAAGGCCAUGCAGCAAUCUAUGAUAGAAACAAAGAUGAAUUGUCAGCAAAGAGAAAUAGAGCAAAGGCAGAGCUCAGAGACUGAGGAAGGGUUUUUGCUGCAGCAGGUAAAGAAACUGGAGGCAGACCUGGAGGAGAAAAGCCAGAAGAUAAAUGAGAGGAAGAAGCAUUCCCAGAAGCUGAAGGAAAGAAUACAGCUUAAGCGAACACAGCAAGAAAUUCUGGCAUCAAAAGGUAUAGCGAGAAAAGUGGAAGAAGAUCUCAGUGUAGUCAAAGAGAGAAAUACACAUCAAGAAAAGGAAAUCCUGCAUAAAGCAGUCAAGCAUCAGUCCCAUAAGGAAAAGAUUUGUUUGAAGGAAUAGCUGUUAAAAGGGAUGGUAGAUCUUUUAAUGAAGGAUACAAAGGAAAUCAGGCCAGUCUAAAACUUCAUAGAAUCUGAAAAUAAAAAAUGCAGAAGUCCAUUAUGGCCUGUAACAGCUGUUUGUGAAGGAUUUUAUCUGUUUUCCCGAUCAAAAAAUGAAGGCAUAGAGAAGGAAGAACUUCAGGCACAGCUAGAUGAAUUUAAAAGAAAAUCUGAAUGUGAACUAAAGCAACUAGAGAAAGAGAAAGAAGUCCUAACUGGGAAGCUUCAAAACUCUUCACUUGAGGUGGCUCAGCUGAAGCAAAUACUAGACCAACAAGCAAAUAGUUUCAAGGAGUCACUGAAGAAACAUAAUCUACAGUCCAACAAAGAAAAAGAGAAGCUUUUGCAGGAUCUUCAAAACACCAUUAAAGAAAACCAAAAUGUGAAAUUGCAGUUGGAGGCAUCACAUCAAAAGGUCUUAAAAAUGUUGGAGAAGAGCAAAAAUCAGGAACUCAAGGAGGCAGAAGAACGUUUGAAAAAGGAAUUUAAUGAGACUUUCAAGAUCCAACAUCAGUCUCAUAGGCUGGAAAUACAAACCUUGGAAGAGAAGGCAAAGAAAGAAUUACGUGAUGAACUUGAGCAGAUACAGAAGCAGCAAACACUGUUGCUAGGAUCUCUAAGGAUGGAACUCUCUGAGCAACAGACAUCAUGCACUAACCUCAAGAAACAAAUAGAAGAACUCCAAAUGGAGCUGAGGAGUGUGAGGACACUGAAAAAGCAACAGGAAGGAAGUAGCCAAAGCCAGAUCAGAUCUCUUCAUGAUGAACUGGAGAAAUGUCAGAGUGAAAUUUCUGAACUCAAGAAAGAGAAUUUACUUUUGAAGGACACAAUGGAGCUACUUGGUGCUGAGUUGGAGUCGCAGAAGCAGGAAGAUGCACAGCUUCAGGAUAAACAGCAGAGAAGUGAAAGGCUACUGGUAGAAGACCUCAAUGUCAAGAAUAAAAAAGAACUGGACAUACUGAAACAAGAUGACCGGAAGGAAAUUGAACACAUAUUAUCUGAUUUCAGCACAACUCAGGCACAUCUCCAAGCAAAAAUUUUCUCCUUAGAAACUGCGAAACUAUGUGAUGUACAAGCUUCUUGGCAUUUUACACCAGGGGCUGGAAUUUACACUGGACAGGAAGGAAGAAAAGGUCAGCAUUCACUUUCAGCCUGCACUGAAUCUUGCAGGAAUCGGUCGUUUUCUUUCAACCCUAAUACAGCAUGUUUGACUCCUUCCAUGAAGAAGAAGAAAACAGUUGAGGUGCCCAGUCGUGUUGUCAGUGUUCCGAAUUUAGCUUCUUACGCAAAGAGCUUCUUGAGCUGUGACUUGAGAUCAAAAAGAAGUGCUCCUCAAAUAACGAAAUCUACAAGCUUGGACCGGAGUCCUGGCUGCCUCAGGGUGGGCUCUCCAUCAGCACAGUCCUCAGACAGCACUGCUGCCACAAGACAGACCCAGAACUUGACUGCAGAAGUAAGCUAUAAUCCCUGCCCAGCAGAGCUUAUGCUUGCAGCUCCUCCAAGAGAAAGAGCAGUUUCAAGUAUUUAA